AUGAUCUUGGUCAACCUUAAGAUUGUGGCUCAUGGGAGAGUCAACAGUGAUCCGGGUCUUGAUUGUGUUCACCUCAUCACUAUCUGGCUCAUCAAUAGCCGCCUCCACGUUAUAGUGGAUCCAGGCGGGACGUCCAAAAACUUUCUAUUAUUAUGGUACAUGAGAGCACCAUUAGCUAAUGGUACAUGCUCAGUCCAGUUGGCCUCACCCAUACAGACCAGGCUUAUCCGGACACCCGAUGCCAGUACACCACCAGUUGAGGCGAAUUUUAAGCUACCGGUGACCCGAUCGCCGGCCACGGUAUGUCACAUUAAAUUGAUAGUCUACGUGAAAUUGUACCGGUACAUACAAUUUGGUAGAUACAAGGUGAUUUUCAAAGAGUAA